AUGUCAGGCUUCCAAAUCCCUGGCCUGGGCCAAGCAAAGCCCAAUGAGACACUGCCACCGCUGCCACCCGAUCUGGCUGCUGCCGCCGCGAGCGCCGCUGGCCACGAAGACAUCCCAGAUGCGCCCGAGCAACAAACCACACAAGACACAAUCACGCCAACAUCCGCUCCCGAACCAGCUCCCGCCCCUGCUGGGUCUGAUGCUGACGCCAUGGUCAUCGACGAGCAGCCGCCCGCCAGCCCACCGUCUCUGACGAGCGCUCUCGAGGCGGCUAUUGGCGGCCUAGCCAGCGAGCCCGCCCAACCAGUGGCGGCGCAAGAGCAGUUCCAACAGCAAGCGGAACCGAUCGAGCCACCGGUGGUUGAGCUGCAAAACGACGCCGGUGAUAACCCCGAGUGGGAGAUUGACUCCUCGCCGUACGCGUCCUCGUCCGAAUCCAGCUCCGACUCUUCGUCCGACGACGACUCUGAUAACGAAGGCUACGAGCUUCUGGGCGUCGAGGAGACGGCGCGCAUGCUCAUGGAGGCCGAAGCAGGUUCCGAAGAUGAAGGUUCUGGGCCUGGCGGCGCUAAAGCGGGCAGCACUGCGCAGCUGCGCACCAAGAAUGAACAGGCCGAGCCGGCCGUCACCCGCCCCGCCGUGACCAUCACCGAGGCCAUGCCGCUCGAGGAGCUCGGCGCCGUGGAGCACAUGGUCGACACGACGGCGCUCGUCAUGGGCAUCACGCCCGGCGAGUACCAGGUCCUCGACACGGGCUCGGUGCUGUGCACCGCCGCGCGCGUCGUCGUCGGCGCCGUCGCCGAGACGAUUGGCAAGGUCACUCGCCCCAUGUACACGGUGCGCUUCAACAGCGCCGACGAAAUGGCCGAGCUCGGCGUCGCCGUCGGCACCACCCUCUACUACACCCCCGCGCACGCCACGUUUGUCUUUACGCAGCCGCUCAAGGGCCUCAAGGGCUCCGACGCCAGCAACCUGUACGACGAAGAGGCCGGCGACGAGGAAAUGGAGUUUUCCGACGACGAAAAGGAGGCCGAGCACAAGCGCGCCAUUAAGCAGAAGAAGAAGGACAAGUGGAAGGCGAAUAACCCCGAAAAGGCGGCGGCGGCGGCGGCGGCAGCAGCCCGCGCCAAGGACCACCCGCUCCGUCAGCAGCAAAAUGUCGACGCCGGCCUCAACUACGACGAGGACGACGACGGCCCGUACAAGCCCCUCGCGCGACCCUCGUCGCUGGCCAGUGGGCCUGGCGCGUCGCAGUACGACCAGCCGUCGUCCUCCAGACGUGGUGGUGGCGCCGGUGGCCGACGCGGGGGCGAUUCCCGCGGCCGGGGACGUGGCGGCAGUCGCGGCGGUCGGGGAGGGUAUGCUCGCGGUGGCGGAGGCGGCAGCAGCAGAGACGGCUACUCGAUGCCUCCCCAGGGCCUGCCACAGCAAACACACUACGCACAACCCCCGCCACCGCCGCAGGCACCUCAGCCCGCAUUUGGUAUGCAGUUUCCCGGCUGGCCGCCGGCUCCCGCGCCGGGUGCCGUGCCCCCACCGCCUCCUGGCUGGCCCGGCUCAGCUGCUGCUGCUGCUCCUCCCGCCGCGCCUGCACCGCCAGCGGUACCUGCUCAGCAGGGCGGAUACAACCUGGACCCCGCCAUGAUAGCGGCCAUCAUGGGUCAACUCCAGGCGCAGGCCGCCAACAACGCGGGCGGCGCGGCAUGGGGUGCCCAGCAGCAGCAACCACCGCCGGGCCCGGGCUGGUAG